AUGGCGUCUGGACGAAAGGAUUUCCUUAGCCAGGCUGCGCCUGAGAAUUAUGUCGCCGGCUUAGGUCGCGGUGCCACGGGCUUCACCACCCGCUCCGAUCUAGGUCCGGCGCGCGAGGGACCUACGCCCGAACAAAUCCAAGCUGCUUUAACCAAAAGAGCUCAACUUUUAGGAGCUGCUGCGCCCACUGCCUACGGCGCUACCUCACGCGAAAAAGGCGCAAAGGAAGAUGAUAAGGACGAAGACGAUGAACGGUUCCAGGACCCCGAUGACGAACACGGACUAUUCGCAUACGGACAAUACGACCAAGAAGACGAUGAGGCCGAUCGCAUCUACCAGGCGGUGGAUGAGAAGAUGGACAGGCGCCGCAAACGUCGCAGGGAAGCUCGCGAAAAGGCCGAACGCGAAGAGUACGAACGAAACAACCCGAAGAUUCAACACCAGUUUGCGGAUCUAAAGCGCACACUCGCAUCUGUGACUGAGGAUGAGUGGGCCAAUCUUCCGGAGGUCGGUGAUUUGACAGGCAGGAACCGUCGAGAGAAGCAAAACGCGCGUCAACGAUUCUAUGCCGUUCCGGACAGCGUCAUCGCUAGCGCACGAGACUCGACUCAAUACGACACAUCCGUGGCCGAAGAUGGCACGCAAACGACCGCCGGCGAAGGAGAGACCGACGGGACCAUGACGAACUUCGCAGAUAUCGGAGCCGCACGUGAUAAAGUCCUCAAGGUUCGACUUGACCAGGCUGCGUCAGGCUCGAGUGGCGACGCUUCCGGAACUUCUACGAGUGUCGAUCCCAAGGGCUAUCUGACCAGCUUGACGCAAUCAGAAGCCAAGGCUGGCGAAGUGGAGGUUGGCGAUAUCAAGCGAGUUCGGACCCUGUUGGAAUCUGUCACCAAAACCAAUCCCAAGCAUGCCCCUGGUUGGAUUGCUUUAGCUCGUCUAGAAGAGCUUGCUGGACGGAUCGUCGCUGCUCGUAAUCUUAUGGCUAAAGGAUGUGACCUCUGCCCUAAGAGCGAGGAUGCGUGGCUUGAGAAUAUUCGACUUAAUGAAGGUCACAAUGCAAAGAUCAUUGCAGCUAACGCUAUCAAACAUAACGACCGUUCCACGAGACUCUGGACGGAGGCUAUGAGGUUAGAAACGGACACCCGAGCCAAGAAGAACGUUCUCCGACAGGCUAUUUUGCACAUUCCGACAUCGGUACAGAUCUGGAAAGAAUAUGUCAACCUCGAAGACGAUCCCGCCGAUGCGCGCCUGUUAUUGGCAAAGGCUGUUGAAUUCAUUCCUCUGUCAGUGGAGUUGUGGCUUGCUCUUGCUCGCCUCGAAAGCCCAGAGAAUGCACAGAAGGUUUUAAACGCUGCUCGCAAAGCAGUUCCUACCAGUUACGAAGUCUGGAUUGCUGCAGCACGCCUUCAGGAGCAGAUGGGAACAUUCGCGAAGGUCAAUGUCAUGAAACGUGCUGUCCAAUCUCUCGCCCGAGAGAACGCCAUGUUGAAGAGAGAAGAAUGGAUCACCGAAGCAGAGAAAUGCGAAGCCGAAGGAGCUGUGCUUACUUGCGGCAGUAUCAUCCAAGAGACCCUCGGAUGGGGCCUGGAUGAGGACGAUGACCGAAAGGACAUCUGGAUGGACGACGCAAAGGCCAGCAUCGCCCGCGGUAAAUACGAAACCGCUCGUGCCAUCUACGCCUACGCCCUACGCGUCUUUGUCAACCGCCGCUCAAUCUGGCUCGCAGCAGCGGACCUAGAGCGCAACCACGGCACCAAAGAAGCUCUCUGGCAGGUGCUCGAGAAGGCAGUCGAAGCCUGUCCCCAGAGCGAAGAGCUCUGGCUCCUGCUCGCCAAAGAGAAAUGGCAAUCCGGCGAUAUCGACGACGCCCGCCGAGUCCUCGGCCGCGCCUUCAAUCAAAAUCCCAACAACGAAGACAUCUGGCUAGCCGCCGUCAAACUGGAAGCCGACGCCGGAAAAGCCGACCAAGCCCGCGAACUCCUAUCCACAGCCCGCAACGAAGCCGGCACAGACCGCGUCUGGACCAAGUCCGUCGCCUUCGAACGCCAACUCGGCAACAUCGACGACGCCCUCGAUCUCGUCGUCCAAGGCCUCCAGCUCUUCCCGAAAGCCGACAAACUCUGGAUGAUCAAGGGCCAACUCUACGAAUCCCUAAACAAAUUCCCUCAAGCCCGAGAGGCAUACAACACCGGCACCCGCGCCUGCCCCAAAUCCGUGGCUUUAUGGCUCCUCGCCUCCCGCUUAGAAGAGAAAGCCGGCGCCGUCGUCCGCGCCCGCUCCGUUCUCGACCGUGCCCGUCUGGCCGUUCCCAAGAGUCCCGAGCUCUGGACCGAGAGUGUGCGCGUCGAACGUCGCGCUAACAAUAUCUCCCAGGCCAAGGUGCUCAUGGCGCGCGCUAUCCAGGAAGUGCCCAAUUCGGGUCUUUUGUGGAGUGAAAAUAUCUGGCAUCUUGAGCCUCGCUCGCAGCGCAAGGCGCGCAGUCUGGAGGCUAUUAAGAAGGUCGAGAAUGACCCGAUUCUGUUUAUUACUGUGGCGCGGAUUUUCUGGGGCGAGCGUCGGCUGGAAAAGGCUAUGACUUGGUUCGAGAAGGCUAUUGUUGCGGACAGUGAUUAUGGUGAUGGCUGGGCUUGGUAUUACAAGUUCCUGAUGCAGCACGGUACUGAGGAAAAACGCUCAGACGUUGUUUCAAAGUGUGUUGCUAUGGAACCCAAGCACGGCGAGAUUUGGCAGUCCAUUGCCAAGGACCCGGCCAAUGCGACCAAGACCACCGAGGAAAUCUUGAAGCUGGUCGCCAAUGCUAUCAACUAG